GGUUUGGCCGGGUCGCGCGGCGGCUCCUGCGCAGCCAAAGAGACGUACACAUACAUACACGUACACGCACCCACACCCGUGUACGAUCGUCGAACGACCGAGAGAGAGGAACGAGAAGAGAAGAGUGGAAAGGAGAGUGGCAAAGGCGAGGCGAGUAAAAGCGAGCUGGCAAGCCAGACAAGCGAAGCUCCAGGCAGGCGAAGUGGACUGUCAGACAGGCGAAGCAGGCAAGAGGCGCACACAAGCUUCGCUGGUACGCCACCCAAAUCGGUUCUCCCCACCCGGGGACAGAGAGACUCCGGGUGCACCCCUCCUCGGUUCGUUCUUCGCGCUGCCUCCUUCUCCGGGGUGCUUUCAUCCGCCUCGUUCCGUGCUCGCGUUCCCGAUCGCUUCGUACCUCCGAAGAAGAGGGUGCACCUUCGUCCGCGUUCGCGGUGACACCGGGAGUACACCCGUACGCAUACCUCGACCCGGGUCGAAGAACGUGACUCGUUUGUGUUUCUGUGACUGUACAACUCCACGUCGAACAAGGAUACGGUUAUCUAUUAUUUUUUUGGACAACGUGUGCGAAGACGCACUGACCUGCCUCUCGUCUCUCGCCUCCCUCUGUUUUCUCGACGCAGAGGGUCGAAGAGGGGAUUCGACACCCCCGCUUGGUUUUCGGAUCGGCUCGGUUGAUCGACCCUGAAUACACUGUGCAGCUAUUGUUUUUCUGUGCGUCCUCUCCCGUGGGACUCUCUCGAAAAGUGAACCAAGAAUUCCGAGCCGGACAGGGAUGAAGAGGUGCGACGUCAAGCUGGAAGGGAGGCUGCUGUGAGGCCCGGACAAAGCGUGCACGUUGUGUCAGAGAGACGUUCAGGCGCGGAUACAUCGGUUGCCAAGCCGGAAAUCCUCGCAGCGGGCGACGGGGACUUCGUACCUAGGCCGGUCGUUCAACGUGGCCGAUCAUUGGACAUGGUGAGGGGGCAUGUUGAUGUGCCGGCGGUUGCUGCUGAUCGCAGCCGCGAUCACGGCCUCGAUAGAGGCUGGCUCCGCUAGUUAUCAUCCCGGUAUCUCCUCUGAUUACUCCGGGUACCCUGGCUUCCCGGUUUAUCCAGGUCUGACGUCGUCCGAGUCCGUGUCCAGCGCAAGCACCACGCCGACGAGCUUCGACAAUGUGCCAACUUGCAGGCCAUCAGAGUAUUUAUGCGGCACUGGGAACUGUAUCGCCCAGGACAAAUAUUGCGACGGCGAAAAUGAUUGCGGUGACAACUCCGAUGAGCCAAGAUACUGCAGCCCGUGCAACAGAACGUUGUACGGCGACGUCGGCCGUACCUACAGCGUGGAAGUCCGCCGGCCGAGGGAGGAUCGACUGCCAUUCUUGUGUCAUCUCAACUUCACUGCCGCCGGGUCUGAUCUCGGGGACCUAGUUCAGUUAACGUUCGAUACGUUCACCGUGGGUCGAUUUAUAUCGUUCACGUCGGAAGGAUGUCCGGAUGGUUACAUGACUAUCCGGGAGGAGGGCCGACCGGCGACCGGCGGUCAAUGGUGUGGAAGCGCGUGGGGGUACACCGUAUACUACAGCGAGACACCUUCCAUCAAUUUAACUUUGUAUUUGCUACGGUUAUCCGAGCAGGGUAUCGAUUAUAAUUUCGACUUCAAGUUGUCGUACAAGUUCCUGAGACGUAGCGAGGCACAUCUGAGAUACGGUAACAGCAGCAUGUCUACGUGGCGCGGGGAGCUGGUGAACGGCACUUAUUGCGAUCGUGUACUCACCAAGUGCGACACGCGGGCCUGUCGGCUCCAGUCCCCGAAUUACCCGGGUGUUUAUCCCAGAAACGUCACCUGCUAUUAUAGGGUUGAGCAAAAUCGAGCGCCUCCCGGUCAUCGGGCGCUACUAGCCGUGAGUCAACGGAACAGCCACAAGAUACACAUCAAGAACCAAGUCGCCAAAUACGACGACAGUCAAAGGAUCCUCAGAGUCUGGGAUCAAUGCAACGUGGUGCAAGAUUAUUUGACAGUGUACGAUGGGGGUUCGACGUCGGACAAGGUGUUGGUCCGUCUUUGUGGAGGUGACGCUGUACCAGACAUAGUCAGCAGCCAUAACACGAUGCUGUUAGAGUUCCACACGUCUCCUUACGACAAUCCCUUUCACCCUGUUCCUCUGUCGUUCUUGCCAGGCUUCGAACUCGAAGUUCAGGUGUUGUUCGUGGACGAGAAAUCCCGGAGUUUCGUGAAGGAAAACGAGAACUGCGAUUUUUAUAUAUCCAGCGACGAGAGUUCGUCGGGGAUCUUGGAAAAUCCGAAACACUCACUGCCACCGAAUACUACGUGUCGUUAUCACUUUCAAGGCAAGCCGAACGAGAUCGUUUGGCUGUCUUUUAUCAAGUAUUACGCUGCCACUACCGAUGCUGCCGCGAGCAUCGACGUUGCAUCCGAUUGCAACGCGAAGCUCCUCAUUUGGGACGGCGAUAGAACGUUAGAUAAAUUGAGUCCCGUUCGCAAGAAUAUAAGCCUGCUGGGUCAGUUCUGUAAAGACGACACGCCUCGGUUGUGCGAUCACAGCCUUCUGCGAAACGGAAGUCGACACGCGAGGCCCUGCAGCCUGGCCGAGAGCUACGUUUCCAGCGGGCGAGAUCUGACGCUGGAGCACAUACUGCGUCAAGGAAGUGCACUUUAUCCCAUAAGCUUUGUACUGCGUUACGAGUUCGUGCACGAGGCGGUCUCCUGCAACCACGUAUUCGGUUCCGCGUCGACUUCAUCCACGUCUUCCACGUCCUCCUCUUCCUCCUCCUCGUCGUCUUCGUCAUCCUCCACCGCCUUUCCAUCGGGGAAAUUCGCGUCGCCUAAAAGUGUGUUCUUCUACGGGCGCGGUGGUGCCCAGAACAUUAGUUGUGUGUACCGCUUCGAAGCCGAGCCGGAUCACAGGAUAGAAUUGUCCUUUACCAGAGCAUCGUUCGGUGACAAGGGAUGUUCCUCGUACGUAGAUCCGUUAGUGAAUCGGUGGACGUGCGAUCGACGGUUGCGGGAUGUCAAGAUUGGAACAGCGGAGCUAGUCGUGUCCGAGUAUCCUUGGCAAGGCGUAGAACUGGUUCGCGACUGUCUUUGCUCGAACGUGAGCGAAAGGAUCGUUCUAAGAACGCUGACGUCGAACGUAGUGGAGGUUCGGUUCACGGUAACCCUGAUGAACGUCACGCAAGACUACAGGGACUUCUUCUUCGAAGGGGAGUACCGUUUCGUCGCGGUUUGGGCAGAAACUAGCGAGCAACAUUGUUCGACGAAACUCGAGGAACGACGACUGCGCGGGACCAGCGGCGAAAUUUCCCUGAGGAGUCCUCUGCCGCGAGUAAUUCCCGGCGUAGCCGCGGUCGAAGAGAUCUUAACUAAUACCGAGGAUCUGACCGCGACUCAGUGCGUGAACGAGCCAUGGUUGAUCGAACCCGAGGACGCACGGAUCAAUUAUUUAUAUCUAAGAACCGCUGGGUUCAGCAUCACGUUGGACAACGUUGAAGAAUGUGCGACAUCAAAUAGGAUCGUGGUCUAUUCCGCGGCUAAUACGAAGGAUCGGAGCGUGAUCUGUCCUGAAGGAGGCGUGGAGACGACCAAGACGGUAGACUUCUUCUCCGGUGGCUGGAAUUACAGUGCCGUUAAUGCCACAGUAGCUAUGACGCAGCACGCGAGGAGCUUCGUGGUCGAGUUUCUUCAAAGGGAGCCUGGCUUCUAUGCUGUCACGUGGAUGGCGAUUUCUAAACGAUCUCCUAAUCCCAGCGUCGGGCCCAAUGUCUUCACGAUACUGCCUCACGAGGACUGUCCUUAUAGAUGCCCGGAGAUUCAGGCGUGCAUAAGUUCCGUCCUGUGGUGCGACGGCAUCCGGCACUGUCCCUCCGGUUUUGACGAGGAGGAGGCAAACUGUUCGUACCGUUUCGGCGUUACGCUAUUGUACGUGGCCAUAGGCGCCGGCGCCCUAGGUAUAUUUUUGAUCCUGUUGCUCGCCACCGGCUGCCUAAAAUACUGCCUGUACCGACACAAAGCACGGAAAAAAAAGAAGAACGUGGGGCUGAACGUGAACCAUCUACACGUGAAUCACACGCAUCACAACAACGGUCUGACCGGCAGUCGCCUGAGCGGACGGUACAACCUCGCCACGCCGCAAGAGAUGUAUCUCGAGAAUUACGGGAAGGACAGUAUUUGUUGACAAUACGCCAUUGCCAAUAUCGAGACCACCGUGUGAAUAUUGCAGGAUUUUUAAAAAUACGCCUACCUCGCUGGCCUCUCUGAUCCCUUUGGAAAAGGACGAACGCGGAAGUAGGGUCGACAGAAUUCGAGGAAAAAAAAUCAUGUACGCAAUAAUCGUAUUCAAAACUCGUAGACCAAUUCGAAAGCAUUUAACGGAAACUAAGGCUCCGAGUUGUUUCGAGAGAUCUACGCUUUGUCCGAAGCUAAGUAUUAUCGUUUCUGAAUCAUUCUAUUGUCACCCACCCAAAAACAGACGUUAAUUAUUAUAUUCGGGGAGAGUAAUAAAUGCAACGUCGAUGCGAAGACAAAGGGUAGGUCCAGUCGAUGAAAACAAUUCGUGUUUUCAUGGUAAGCCGCGGUAUCACAGUAGAGAUAGGAACACACAUCUUUAGGUUUAAACAAUGCGCGAGGGAUGCAUACAGAGCGUGGAGGGAUGUAAAACAAACGAGAGAGCACAGUUCGAACCGUAACGAAUAUGUAUAUGCUUUUAAGACAACGUAGGAGUCCGUAAUUCGCAUUCGGAAAUGAUUUCUAUCACGGUCGGUUGCCGAGUUUGUGCCAUAAACGUCCACGACGAGAAAUGACGCAGAGAAUUAGAGGAGGGGAAAAAAACGCCGGCCAGAUUUGAUAUAAAUCGCAUGUGAACGCAGGUGGAAAAUAAUUAAUAGAACUACUGUGAUUUGACGAAUAACCCGAUCACAAUUUCCGAUGAAACAUAAAACGAAAGCCAAGCGAUUAUUUCGAUCACUGUAAAACGCCAGUUGUAUUCCAUAAUUUUAUAAGCCGGUCAUGUUCGUGCGACGAGUUCAUGUGCAAUUUAUUCUAAUGAAAUCAUACGACCAAGAUCAACAAAGUAAAUAUCACUUACCCUCCCGUUCCAUCUUCAUAUCGAGCCGAUGAAAUCUGCGUCGAUCCGUCGACAAUCCCAUCGUUUCUUUUGUAAAAAGGAGAACACGCAGCCACCACACGAUCACUUAACACCGGUACGGUAAUGUACUUUGCGACGACGCUUCGACUCCGACAAAAAACUGCCAUUUUGAAAAGAUCGCGAAUCGAUAGAGAUCGAUGUCGGAAGAACUUCAGUCGAGUCGCGUCGAGUCGAGUCACGUCGCGGUCGCGGAUGCUUCACGUUCCCGUGUGUUAACCGCGAUCCUAAUUAUCCAGAUUUCAUAAGUACGUUAAACGAAGAUGAUAUAACAUAUAGUUAAAUCACAUGUAACUUAGGUUUGAUAUCGAUUGCGCGAGGCUUGACUGAGAACACGUCGUAGAGAUUGAUGUAUAGCUGAUUACCGUUAACGAACGCGAAGAGAGAAUGCAUCGCGCGCGCGCGUGUGUGUGUGUGUGUGAAGCUGGAAGAGAAGACGGGAACGAAAACGCAUAAUUCUGUAACCCUAUUAUGAAAGUGUUAACUACUAAAAGAAAAAAGAAGCCAUCGUUUCACGUGCGCACACGUAAGUACGAGAAAAAAAGACCUAUACAUACAUACCACGUACACACACGUAAUGGUAAAGCGCGUAUAAACUUACGUCUGUAUGCUGUGAUAGAAGUAAGCGUAUCAACAAUCGAAAAUAAAUUUCUCGCGUGAACUUGGUCUCAA